AUGAUUCGCCUAACAUCUGAAAAUUUUGGUGUCAUUUUUACAAAGAAAAGUUACGGCGAAUUUGCUCCUUGGAUAUCAACUCCAGUGCUUAAACCUGGAAUUACUAAGGCGAGUUUUAAGAACCUACCAGUUGACAUGAUCGAGACACCUGUGCCUUUAUCUGCCGAGAAAAAGAAAGAUAUUGGUGCCAUGUUGCUCUAUUUAGCCAGAGAUAGCAAAUUAUUUUAUGAAAACCUUUUAAAAUAA